AUACAUAAAAAUAGGAGAGAAAGAUGAAGCGUGUUCCAAUAUUGUUCGUUUUUUCUAUUAUUGCAAGUCUUUUAGCGUUGUCAUCAUCAAACGUUAAUGCAACGACCAAACAUAGUCAUUUUGUACUGGUACAUGGGGCUGGUCAUGGAGCUUGGUGUUGGUACAAGGUGACUACUCUCUUACAAUCUACAGGUCAUAAUGUUACAACUAUAGAUCUCACGGCCUCUGGAAUCGAUCUCAGCAGAGUUAGCCAAGUCAACGGUUCAGUAAUUAACUACGCUAAGCCUUUGAUGAAUUUCAUGGCGUCACUUCCAGCCACAGCGGCUAAUAAAGUUGUUCUGGUCGGCCAUAGUUUAGGUGGUCUCAUUAUAUCUCUUGCCAUGGAAAGCUUUCCUCAUAAAAUUUCAGCUGCAGUAUUUGUCACCGCUGCUAUGCCUGGUCCUACUCUCAACUAUCUCAAUAUAUCUCAAGAGAUGACUAGAACUACAGGUUCUUUAAUGGAUUCAAAAAGCAUAUUUGAGAAUGGUCCUAAUAACCCUCCAACAGCUUUAAGUUUUGGGCCAAAUUUUAUGGCAACAAAGAUAUACCAGCUUUCACCACCCCAGGAUUUGGUUCUUGCUCUGUCAUUGGUGAGAGUUUUCCCUUUGUUUAAUGAAGAGUUGGUGAAGCAACAAGUAAAAUUUACUAAGGAAAGGUAUGGAUCAGUUAAUAGAGUUUUUAUAGUGUGUGACCAAGACUUAACAGCUGUGGAGAGUUUCCAAAGGUGGAUGAUUGAGAGGAACCCACCUCAUGAACUCAAAAUCAUUAAUGGGACUGAUCAUAUGGUUAUGAUUACUAGACCACUAAAGCUCUUUACUCACCUUGGGGAGAUAGCAGAAAAAUAUUCUUCAAAUUAAACUAGUUUUUUAUUUUUAUAUUUUGGAGUUGGUGUUCAUAAGAUACAGUUACUUAAUCAAUUAUAUAUGUUUUGUGUGUGUAGUAAUAAGCAAGAAGGGAGAGAGUAGUUCUCUCAUGCUCUUUCCAUGAAUAUAUUGUGUUAAUGGUUUGAAUAUGUAAACUUUAAGUUAAUUCCUUGUUAAUGACUAAUUAAAUUAGUAUCUAA